ACCUAUAAGUUUCCGUUUUUCCUUUUGAGGUAGAUACGGAAGCCUAAAAACCACAUAAAUUAAUUACUUUACAUUUGUCGAGUAUCCAGACAAUAAUAAUUAGAGCAUCUGUAAACUGAAAUGAUGUUUUUUAACUUUGUACGAGAAAUCGGCGAAUAUAAAAAAUUUCAAAACAAUGAUUCUACUUUUUAAAGAAUAAAUCAGUAUGUAUAUGUAUAUGUUUACCUAUGCUUUAGCGGGUAUACGUUCAUAGGCAACGAGAAGUAUUUUUUAAGAGGAAGAAGGUUUUGUACGAAAUAACUAUACGAGUAUUGUUUACCGAAUCCGAAUACCGAGUUAUUUAAGUUCACUAAGUAGGUAUUAUAAAUUGAUGAUUGUGAUAAUUUUAUAAGUUUAUUAUUUAAUUACCGCAAAGUGUGCCUAAACUGCUCUUCCAGUGGGAAAUUGUGGUUUAUAAUUUACGAUAGGGUUCACGACAGCGCGUUCUAUAUAUGUUAACGGCACCAAUGAUGGGACUUUUAAGAGAAAAUUUUGAGUAUUUUUGUGUUGAGAUUUUUCACCGACAUCUGUAAAAUUACUGUCGCGUUAUGAUUUAAAAGUUGAAUGUCCAAUUCGUCCUCUAUGUUUUCUAUGUAUUGAAAGCUACUGCAAUCGGUUUCAAUAUCAUUAACAAAUGAAAACUAUGGUUUUUGCUCCAGUCAUGGGAUGUAUGGCGUCAUUAAUUUUCAAACUAAUAAAUAUCAAUGAAAAAUUAAACUUAAGCAGCUCUUUGGCUCUUGUUUAUGGUAAAAUGUUGUCAGCGUUUAAAAACUGAUGGUAAAUACUUGCUUUACAGGAUUUGUCAGUACCAUCCCAUUAUUGGUGCCUGUUCCAUUACAGGGGUGUUUACUAUAAUAGGCGUAAUAAUUAACUUAAGAUAAUUAGUACCUGGGCGACCGAGCUUUGCUCGGUUAUAACUAUUUAUUGUAAUAUGGUGGUGUAUAGGUGAUAAAUGAUAAUCGUAACUACAUUUUUUUACUAAAUUAAACUUGUCUAAAACAAUAAAAAUUAAAAAAAAAAAUAUAAACUUGAACAUAUAUGUUCAAAAAAACAAAAGUUAGUCACCGGGCGAGAUUCGAACCCGUAACACUCGUUUAGCAGUCCGCGUCUUAACCCGCUGGACCAGACGGACAGUGGCCGGCUACACGAAAUUAGCGACCAUAUCCUGCGACGAAAGAAAAACGCAUGAAAACUCGAAAACACGCGUUUUCCCAAACAUAAGACUAAUCUAGAUCGAUUGUUUACCCCCAAAAACCCCCAUAUACCAAAUUUCAGCAAAAUCGUUAGAGCCGUUUCCGAGAUCCCGGAAUAUAUAUAUAUAUAUAUAUACAAGAAUUGCUCGUUUAAAGGUAUAAGAUAUGUAAUACUGUCUCACUAUUCAUAAGUGCUUGUUGCUAGGCCUACACGAAUAAAGUAUAUUUGAACGAACUGAACUGCGUGGCGUUGUAAGAGUUAUAUUUAAUAUUUAAAUUAUGUUGUUUGUACUCCAUUACUUUCCUCGCUUUCUUGUAUGUGUUUGAACAGGUUUAUAAGAUUGAUAUAUUUUUUUAUAGCGGUGAAUUUUUUAAAUAUGCUUUGCAAUUUUAAACUUGAUUGUCUGGGGUCCUUCUCUAAACUCGGCAGCAUAAGCAAGGAAUCUAAAAAAAUCUGCGAUGAAAUAAAAAAAAGGUCUUUCAUUACAUUUAAAAACAAUCCUUGUCACAUAACACUAGAAGGAAAAAUAAUUACAAAAUAUAUUCAGGAAUUGCAAAAUAUUUCUUACUUUUUCCUCAUAACCAAGCCAGGCAGGUAGGUAUUAAAGCACUACAUAAUUUUUUUGUCCAUUACGAUUCAAUGCGACAAUGCAGCGAGUGUGAUGGGCACCUUUGCAUUCGAGGCAGCGCGAUAUGACCUACAGGCAAGUAGUUAUUCAUUCAGAACAUUAAUAAAUAAAUAAGCUAAUUUUGAGGGAUGUAAAGUAACUGAUACAUAAAUAUAAACAAUAAAUACAUUGAUAGUUAUUUUAGGGUUUGUAAUGUAGGUAGUUAAUAAAUACUUUGAUAAACGCCUGACAGCGCAGGUAGAUAGAAGACGCAUUCUUGCAAUACACGAAUACUCCUGACGGUUGUGUUUCCUUGUGCUCCUGUAAAUAUAAUUAUCCCGGGGGAUUUAUUGAGUACGUUACAGUGGCGACGAGUCAAUUAAAUAGGAGAUCUCUCGACGGACAAAAAAAUUAACACUGAAGUUCGAUAUGUCGAUCGGAAAGUUGAGUGUGUUCGAUGUUAAGUGCGGGGUGUGGUCGUCAUACGUGGAUCGGCUCAAUAUGUACUUGAAGGUUAAUAAAGUGGCGGACGAUAUGAAGUUACCAGUGCUUAUCGCGUCUAUGGGGGACGAAGCAUAUGAACUAUUGGUGAAUUUGGCUAGCCCGAAAGAACCUGCGGCGUUAACAUUUGACGAGGCGGUAAAGUGCAUGAGUCAUCACUUACAGCCGGCGCCAUCGGCGUUGGCGGAGCGGUUCCGGUUUAGACAAAGGAGACAGAGCGCGGAUGAAACAAUAGCCGGUUAUGUAGCGGAAUUAAAAAGAUUGUCAAGAUAUUGCAAGUUCGGAGAAAAACUGGAUGACAACAUGCGGGAUCAGUUCGUGUGUGGGAUCAGGAGUGACAUUAUUCGCCAGCGGCUAUUUGCGGAGAGUGACGACGUGACCUAUGCGCGAGCGGUGAAGGUCGCGACCGCCCUCGAGGCGGCGGAACGGGACGCGGCCGCGGUGGAGGCGAAGGGGUCACGGGAAUCGGAGGCUAGCGGGAGCGGCGGCGGCGGAGAGGCGGCCGCGGUGCAUGCGCUCGCGCCGGCUGGCGGGAGCGGCCUACGCAAGCGGCAAGGUGGCGGAGCGGGCCCGGCAUGGGCCAGCCAGCAGCGAGCGGGAUUCGGGAGGGCCAACCGGCCCAACGGGGGCCCUGUAGUUGGGCCGCAACAACGCUAUUCGUCUUGUGGGGCCUGUGGCGCACAAAACCAUACCUACGGGAGCUGUCGCUAUAAAAACUUUGUAUGCAGCAAGUGCCAGCGCACUGGUCAUUUACGCCGGGUUUGCCCAGAGUGGGGGAGGGCGGAGAUAAGUGGCCUGCAUUUUGGAAAUGCACAACAGAUGGAGCACGCGGAGACCAGCGGGAAUGAUUAUGACAUCGAACAAGAGUUAAACCAUCUGUGUUUGAACGACUAUAAACCAGUAAGUGUUUCUGUGUAUACAGACAGUAAACUUGUUACUAUGGAAAUUGAUACGGGCACAGCAAUUGCCUGUAUAAGUAAGAAAAUGUAUGACGACCUAUUUAACUAUUGUGAGUUGGAAUCCGGUAAUACUGUUUUCACAUUUAUCAAUAAUUAUAAGUUUAAACCAUGGGGCAUGAUUAGACCUACAGUUAGAUACGGCAAUAUAACGAAAGUUUUGCAAUUAUUUAUAAUAGAUUCCGGUACGACUUCAUUAAUAGGAAGGCAAUGGUUGGCCGAAUUAGGUAUUAAGGUUCCGGAUAUCCCUAUUCCCAAAUUUAGCUGUAACUUUGUAUCUGGGAAAGAGGAGUUAAAGCAUGUGAAUGACAAGAUUGUUAAUUUGCUCGACAGAUAUAAGGAGCUGUUCAGUGGCGGUCUGGGUCGGUACACGGGCGGCAAGGCGACGCUGGCGGUGCGCGAGGGGGCGGCGCCGGUGUUCCACCGCGCGCGACCGCUGCCGUACGCGCUGUGUGCGCGGGUGGACGCCGAGCUGGACGCCAUGCUGCGCGCGGGCGUCAUCGAGCCCGUGGACCACUCUGACUGGGCCUCGCCACUGGUACCAAUUCCUAAGCCUGACGGCACUCUUAGAUUAUGUGCGGACUAUAAAUCUACUUUGAACCCCGUCUUACUGAUCGAUCGUUAUCCUUUGCCUAAAAUUGACGAUGUGUUAGUAGGUUUAAACGGUAAUAAAUAUUUUAGCAAGAUUGACUUAUCGCAGGCAUACAACCAGGUGGAACUGGAUGAGUCUAAGUUGUACACCGUAAUAAAUACUCAUCGAGGCCUCUUCAGGUAUUUUUGGACGAUGUGA